AUGUUUUUUAACACAGGAUUGAUCAGUAAGAUUGUCAUCAUUAUGGCUGCUGACAGCCUCCAGAAGACAUUCGACGAUAACGGUGCUGAUGAGGACGCGAGCAUAAUUGACAUUUCAUCUGAAAAAUAUCUGAUGCUCAAGAAGAAUACGUUUGAAAAUGAUCUAACCGAUCUUACGGCAUUUGUGGCUGAGAAGUCUGAUAAGGAUGCAACAACAAUUGACAUGAGUGCAUACAAGAAAGUUGACGAUGGAUUUGUGACUCGUGAUGAUCUGCUGCAUUAUCUGACGACCGAAUUGCCUGCAGUGGUAAUUUACUCUAGAAAGAGGUCAAUUAAACACGAUGAACACGCAGCUGCACUUGCUGAGGUUUCUGCUGAUGCAUUCACUCAAAUAGUUCCAACUGAAGUAUCAGACAUGAUGAAAGAUGUGCUAACUACCAAGGUGGAUCAAGACAACGACAAUCCAGCAGGUAACUUGAAGCCAGCUAUUAGGGACGGAAUCAAGGACCUCAAUGCAUACGUCUGCUUGAAUAAAAUCAAGGAUGUGGUGCAAAAGGACCUAUUCACGAUGUUCGUGGUCUACAAUACGGACAAAGCAUACAAGUCCAAGUUGAUGGACGUGAAGUUUGAGAACAACAAAUUCACUAUGAAACCAGUGGGAACAAGAACACAAACAAAGCCAAGGACGCAAACAAAACCAAAGACAAAGCCAAAGACAGGAUCAUCUGACAAGAAGGAGGAUGGAAUGUCAACAGGCCUCAAGGUUAUUCUGAUUGUAGGCAUUAUACUGAUUGUUAUUGCAGCAAUUAGUAUUGGAGUUUACUUCUACCUGGAAUCUCAGAAAACUAAGAUGGUGAGUGAAGCAGGUAUGGUGUGA